AGCCCUCUACAGGGACGUCAUGCAGGAGACCUAUGAGAUGGUGACCUCGCUGGGAUUUCUCCUUGCCAAACCUGAGCUUAUCGCCCGCCUGGAGCAAGGGGAAGAGCCGUGGGUGCCGGAUCUCCAGGCCUGCGAGGAAAGAAGGCUUCCAAGAUGCACCCAUACAGCAGUUGCUGAGCGAGGGAAUGAGAAUGAGGAGGAGAAUCAUCAUCAGGAAGUUCCUGGAGAAGUGCAACCCCAGGCGACCUUUGUGGGAGGAGCUGAAGGGAAAUGUUUCAGUCCAAAGUCAGCACAAAAGUCACUUAAGAAAAGCCACACAGGAGAAAGGCCCCAUAAGUGCUUGGACUGUGGGGAAAGUUUCAUAAAAAGGUCAAACCUUGUUCGACAUCAGGCAAUCCACACAGGAGAGAGUCCCCACAAGUGCUUACAGUGUGGGAAAAGGUUCACAUAUAGGUCGGCACUUCUUAAUCAUCAGCCAACCCACACAGGAGAAAGGCCCCACAAGUGCUUAGACUGUGGGAAAAGUUUCAAGCAAAGGUCCCACCUUGUUAAACAUCAGGCAAUCCACACAGGAGAGAGACCCCACAAGUGCUUGGACUGUGGGAAAAGUUUCAUAUGGAGGUCACAGCUUGUUCAACAUCAGGCAAUCCACACAGGAGAGAGACCCCACAAGUGCUUGGACUGUGGGAAAAGUUUCAUACAGAGGUCAGACCUUGUUUGUCAUAAGUCAGUCCACACAGGAGAGAGACCACACAAGUGCUUGGACUGUGGGGAAAGUUUCAUAAAAAGGUCAAAUCUUGUUUGUCAUCAGUCAGUCCACACAGGAGAGAAACCCCACAAGUGCUUGGACUGUGGGAAAAGUUUCAUACGGAGGUCACAGCUUGUUCAACAUCAGGCAAUCCACACCGGAGAGAGACACCACAAGUGCUUGAACUGUGGGGAAAGUUUCAUAAGAAGGUCAAACCUUGUUCGACAUAAGGCAAUCCACACAGGAGAGAGACCCCACAAAUGCUUGGACUGUGGGGAAAGCUUCAUACGAAGGUCAGACCUUGUUUGUCAUCAGUCAGGCCACACAGGAGAGAGACCCCACAAGUGCGUGGACUGUGAGAAAAGUUUCAUAAGAAGGUCAAACCUUGUUCGACAUCAGGCAAUCCACACAGGAGAGAGACCCCACAAGUGCUUGGACUGUGGGAAAAGUUUCAUAAGAAGGUCAGACCUUGUUUGUCAUCAGGCAAUCCACACAGGAGAGGGACUCCAUAUGUGCUUGGAGUGUGGGAAAAAUUUCAUACGGAGGUCAGACCUUCUUAGACAUAUGGUAGUCCACACAGGAGAGAGACUCCACAAGUGCUUGGACUGUGGGAAAAGUUUCAAACUGAGGUCACACCUUGUUCAACAUCAGGCAGUCCACACAGGAGAGAGACCCCCACAGGUGUUUGCUCUGUAGGUAAACAUUCAGACAGAGAUCAGCCCUGGUUAAACACCAGAAAAUCCACACAGGAGAGUGACUGUGUAAGUGCUUGGACUGUGGGAAAAGUUGCACAUGGAGAUCAGACCUCAUUCAACAUGGGAGAAUCCACACAGGAGAGAGAUUCCUCACAAGUGCUUGGACUGUGUGAAAAAUUUCGUACAGAGAUCACAGCUCAUUAAACAUGAGAGAAUCCACACAGGAUCUAAACUUCUGUGACACAUGACAAAAAGGGUUAAGCAGCUUCCAUGUAAGUGACUCAGAUCAGGCCUUGUUACACAUCAGGGAAAACUAAAUCCUCAGUACCACUUCCAGGGCCAGCUCCAGGCAUCAGACGAGGAAGCACGUGCCUGGGGCGGCACUUUUUGCUUGGGGUUGCAAAAAAAGCUUGAGCUGGCCCUGAUCACUUCAAAGUAAUCUUAUUGAGAGCGGCAACAGUUCCUCAGUACCUCUCUGCAUUUGAUUUUGUUACAAAAUCAAUAAGUUCGGAUGGGAUGAGCCCCAGAGGGACAGACGGUUCCACGGGCAGUCCUCCUUCGAUACCCCAUUAGAGAUUUCAGAAGGUCUCUUACCUCUUGAUUGGCGCCUUGCGGUUUGAAGGGGAACAGUCCGCAGUAGCUGCUGCGGGCUCAGCCUGGCGUUACCAUCCGAGUCACGGCAUCAAUAAUUGUGGAAGAAAACAGAGUUUUUACUUUAAGGUUGGUUGUAACAAAUCAGAGACAGUUUAUUCUUAAGCAAUUGCAAGAGGGGAACUGCACACCCGGGCAGGGAAUCUCUCUUACUCCAGGUAGGGCUCCAAAGAUAAGCAGUUGGAGCAAGACUUUCUACCUUUUUUUUAAUCGACAAUAAUGAUUAUAGCUGAACAACCUUGCCACUUGCUGAAACCAGAAAACUGGAUCUACAUAAAGGUCCAUCAGCGAAAGACCACCCUGGCUCCACGUUGGAAAGGCCCUUAUCAAGUCCUGCUGACUACCAACAUCGCUGUAAAAUGCCAAGAACUGACUGCCUGGACCCGUGCUUCUCACUGCAAAAAGGCCUCUCCACCUCAAGAGGACUUUACGACUGAUGAUCAGCCUGUUUCUCCUUCUGGUGCCGCUGUUUUUUUUUGGGCAGCAGGAAAAAAGGACAAGAGAAAGUGCUAGUAACCUCUCCCUUGUCCACUGACAGGGGUAGAGAGGUGCUGCCUCUCUUCACUCAGCCCCUCUGCCCCCGCCCGUCUGCAUUCAGACAGCACCACUGAGAGGGACUGGUUCCUACAGGGCCUUUUGUGGGAGGCCUGGACACCCCACCUCUGCCUCCGCAGCAUCAGCCUCUGAAGUUCUGGCUCCGCUAGGAGGUGUGGUGGGGAUUAGCCAGCAGAUCUCUGUGACCCUCCACCAGAUUUCCUAGUGUAAACUCACUCUGAGCAUCUUAUGUGCUCUGACCAGUGCUCCCUCGUCUUUUACAUCCAUGUGCGGAAUGAAUUUGGUUCUAUGCACCAGGAUGUGACACAUCAUCUCCAUAUUGGCGCACAGAAGAUAAUUCAUGUGGUGGGGG